AUAGUACUGGUGCUGGAACGUUAUUCUCCAAAAAAGCCCUUCAAAGAAGAGGAACAUUACCAAGCUUGUCUGAAAAAAGAAAAAGUGACAUGAAAAAGGGUACACCAGUAUUAUCUGAAGAACCAAUUAUAAAAACUCAGUCUAAAGGUCGGAACCGCCAGGAAAUGGAUGAAAAUGCAAAAUCAGUGAGAAUUAUUGAAUCUAUCAAGGGUGCGGACAUCUCGAAUACUUCUUGUGCAGACUGUGGAGCACGCAAGACAGAAUGUUUGGGCACGCAUAUUUCAAAGAUAAGGUCGCUUACCUUAGACACAACUUCUUAUACACCUGACCUUAUUCAAUUAAUUAAAUCAAUCGGAAAUGCACGUUCAAAUGCUAUUUGGGAAGCUACACUUUUAACAAAUGAACACCAUGUAGAUAAUCCACCUAUGUCGUCUUCAAAACACGGUUCUCCACCACAAGAUCCGCCAAAAUUUUAUUAUAUUGCCGAAACAGCUGCAGAUUCCGAUUGGGAAGAUCUCAUUAAUAUGAUAACACCUUCCACUCGUGUUCCAUCUUCAUCUUCAUCCACGUCACUCGCUUCAUCACUUACAUCAUCACCGACUCCAAAAAAGGUGCAAACCAUUCAUAAACCAACAAGUACCGAUACUCGCGAAGUUAAAAAAAAAUUUAUCACAGCUAAAUAUGUAGAUCGGGCAUUUGUCGAUUUUUCUCUUGUUGACGAGGAUAAAACGGCGACAGAUCUUCUUUUUCAGGCUGUAAAAGCAAACGAUAUACCUUUAGCGAUGCAAGCUAUUGCGUUGAGAGCCGACGUAAAUGCUGCACGUCGAUUCGAGGUGCUGGAAGAUCACGGAUUGAAAACGCCAUUGUUAUUGUCUUUGCUCCAUAUUGAACCUUCGAAAAUGGUAACAGAAGAAGGAAGAACGCUGUUUCCUAUGGCUGAGUUAUUAUUACAAAACGGAUGUUACGUUGAGAAUGCCUUAUACGACAAUCUCGAGGAUGUGCUUGGUGUAGCACCGCAGCCUAUCACACGAGGUUCAGCAAAGAGUGUCGGAACUUGGGCAACGGAGGUUGUUAAUGAUAUGAAGAAAUCAGGAAAAACCGUUCUAGAUGUAGUACAAGCAAGUGGAAACAUCGCAGCAAUAAGAUACAUUACACCAAAAGUACUUGCCAGAGGGACUCCAAGUGUUACAAAUUCUACUUCAUUAUCCACAACAAGUACUGGUGGUGUAGUAAAUGGCAACAUUACAGAAAAAAA